AUGCAGAAUGGCUAUCUAGCAUAUAUAUUUGGUAGCUGUAACAAAGAGCCACAAAACGAAUAUAUCGAGUUACACCGUAAACGCUAUGGAUACCGUUUGGAUUACCAUGAAAAAAAAAGGAAGAAGGAAGGUCGAGAGGCUCAUGAACGUUCAAAGAAGGCAAAAAAGAUGAUCGGCCUGAAAGCUAAGCUCUACCAUAAACAGCGCCAUGCUGAGAAAAUACAAAUGAAAAAGACUAUCAAGAUGCAUGAAAAGAGAAACACCAAGCAAAAGAAUGAUGACAAGACACCACAAGGCGCAGUACCUGCAUAUCUGCUGGACAGAGAGGGGCAAUCCCGCGCUAAAGUACUUUCCAAUAUGAUUAAGCAAAAACGAAAAGAGAAAGCGGGGAAGUGGGAGGUCCCACUACCAAAAGUUCGUGCUCAGGGAGAAACAGAAGUAUUAAAAGUUAUUCGAACAGGAAAGAGAAAGAAGAAAGCAUGGAAGAGGAUGGUCACAAAAGUCUGCUUUGUUGGAGAUGGCUUUACAAGAAAACCACCUAAAUAUGAAAGAUUCAUUAGACCAAUGGGUUUACGUUUCAAAAAGGCCCAUGUAACACAUCCUGAACUGAAAGCCACCUUUUGUCUGCCAAUACUUGGUGUAAAAAAGAAUCCCUCAUCUCCACUCUAUACAACUUUGGGUGUUAUCACCAAAGGUACUGUCAUCGAAGUUAAUGUGAGUGAAUUGGGCCUUGUGACACAAGGAGGCAAAGUUAUUUGGGGAAAAUAUGCCCAGGUUACCAACAAUCCUGAAAAUGAUGGAUGUAUAAAUGCAGUCUUACUGGUUUGACAGCAGUUUCAUACAAGUGACCCCAUGGAACUAUGGAAGACAACGCAGUAAUCAGGAAGAACACCAUGCUGUGUUUCUGAAUGGUUUCAAACAGCCUUCCGUGCCUGCCAUCAUCAAAAGAACUAUUAUAUUCUUUGCAAAAAUAA